UCACAACGGCGACGAGGCCGGAGCGUAACGGUGGCGGUUUCAGCACAAAGCCUGCUUCGUCAAACGCAUCCUAGCCGAAGCGACGGAGAAUGGAGGACGUGCGUAUUGUCCCCGACACAAAGUCGACUUAGUCACGCCGUGGCUAUAGAGGUUGGCCGCGGCGUUCCAAGAUGUGGUUGCCACCGCUGGCGUAAAUGGCUGGCAAACUUGCACUGCAGCUGGGCGUUCUUAACACGGCGCAGCUAAUGGGGAGGGGGUAACGCUUCGCCAUGAGUGUAUAAAAUGAGCGCAUUCGUGGCGUUCCGGAGUCUAUAAACGCUAUAAUGCUUUCGCACUCCCACACUUUAAGCAGUCUUAAGUGUCUUCUACCGCAUUUGUUGAACAAAGCUCUCGCCCCUCCCGCCUCCCCCUGGGAACGAUAUACAUCGUUCUUCCACUCUGACAAUAGAUAGCAUUUUGCUCGAAAAGUCUAUACCCAUCUCGCGCAUGCGCAGCGACACUCUCGCAUGUGGUCCCUUUGUCACUCGAGUUCCCGGCAUGCGUCACCGGCAACCGGCAUUCUUGGCAGCCUACCGCGAGCAGACGACGUCCGCUGCUGCUGGCUGGUUCCGUUGCGUCAUGUUCUUUGACUGUGGCAACUCACUCAUGACGACCGCCCUCGGUCCCUGAACUUACUACCGAUGUCGUCCAUGGACAGACUGACCGAAACGGAGAGCGCUGUCGCUGACUGGACACCUGUGUCUACUUUCCCCGAACGACCACCGACAAACCUGACCGAUUGCGGGACGCCAUCGACGAGUGGCGACAUCGAUUACGGACCAUUUCCGCACCGUGACGUUUUCUGGGCCUCCGCGGACACCCAUUUGGCAGACCGUUGGCAGACCGCCGAGGAAGAGGAGUCUGUUGCUGAGGUGUUGAGCCCUCCGUCACCAUGGACGCACCAGUGUUCUGACAGAAAUGACGCAAGCAAACUCCACGCCACCUGGCUAGGCCCACUCGGGGACCAUCAAGUGGAACCUGAGGGCCCUGUCGCGAGCCCUCCGGACUGCCAGGAUUUGAGAGGAGGACAUGAGGCACAUGACGUCUACGAUUGGUCGUGGUAUGGUACGUCGGAUGAUCCUUUUAACCAAAAACGUGACAACACUUGGUCGGCGACAGGACCAGCUCCUCGCAAGCAACGACGAGAACGGACCACGUUCACGCGGGCCCAGUUGGACGUGCUCGAGGCGCUGUUCAGCAAGACGCGCUACCCGGACAUCUUCAUGCGCGAGGAGGUAGCGCUCAAGAUCAACCUUCCGGAGUCCAGGGUGCAGGUCUGGUUCAAGAACCGGCGGGCCAAGUGCCGCCAGCAGCAGCAACAGCAGCAGAACGGCUCGGCCUCCUCCAAGCCUCGCCCAAAGAAGGCCAAGAGUCCCGCGCCCUCCUCGAGCCCGACGUCGUCGAGUCGCGGCGAGUCCCCGUACAAGCCCUCGGCGCUGGUCGCCGCCUCCCCGCUGGCCAGCGCGGCGGCGUCGCCGCUCCACCAACAGGCCAGCUCCAUCUGGAGUCCCGCGGCCAUCGGGCCUGCCGUGGCUGAGCUCAUGGCCGGAGCCGCGGCCCACCAGCGGUCUCCCUACCACACGGGCACCUCGUCCGCCUCCUCUCACGUCGUCCAGGGACCCGCCGUGUCUGCGAGCCAGGCGGCCCUCUCCGGCGGAGGGCCUCAGCACGGCCCGCCCCACUCGCUCCAGUCGGGAGGUUGCUACGCCCCCGCGGGACACUACGCGUCGCCCUACUACGGCGGCAUGGACUACCUGAGCGGGCCCAUGCACCAGACGCCGCCCCCGCCCCACCCGUCGUCGCUCCAAGGCCCGCACCCGACGUCCCACCACCAGGACCGGCCCGGGUCGCUGAGUACGAGGACGCCGCCUGCGGGCGACUGCCUGGAGUACGGCGUGUCGUCGGCUGGGGACAAAGGAAGCGGCGGUGCCCCCUGGAAGUUCCAAGUUCUCUGAGGGCCAACAAAAAGGAGACAACAAAAAGAAGGAAGCCCGCGGUGCGCGUCGUGCAUGCGUUGUGGGUGCGCGCGCGCGUGUUCCCAUCACGUCUCGCCUGCAGAAUGUGCGCGCCCUCUUGUGAUACGCCCGGGACAAUCGCAUCGCUUCGUCACAUCUCCUGUGUGUGUGUGUGUGUGCGUGUACAUAAGGAACAUUUUGUAGAGGGCGCCACCGUCGACCGUGACGUCGAAGCUUCCGCAUGCGAUGGGCGCGUCUCGUGUGGACCUCGCGUGGCGCGGAAAGUUUGCCGCGAGCAGAAAGGAGCAGGAGGAGAAGUAGGGGAAGAGGGGAAAAAAUGGGAGAUGGGCUCCCGAGCCUUUUUCCCGUGUCUCCUCUGUCAUCUUUUUAUCUCCAUCAGCCACCACUAAAAUACGUCAGCAACCACCAACUAGCAGCGGAAACCAGCUGCGGCCACAACAGCAUCGCGAGCAACAUUGACAUCGGCAUCGGCAAGGCGCCGCGAGGGUUGGCCUGUUUUUUGGAGACAGCCGUGUGUUGUGCGCAAAGCAAGCAAGCGCUUCGUCUUGUGUCGCUACCGAGGACGCUCGACUUCCAGCUAAGCUCUUAUUUAAGCUGUAAAUAAAAAUGGAAAGAAAACACAAAAGAGCGAGUCGGAUGGAAAAUUGUGCUGGACUCGAGUCACUUUGCAGCGGCCAUGCGCGUUGCGUCUGAUGCCGUACUGAUGUGCAUGCGAGUGCCGUUUCCCGGCUUUCCGGGGGCUGCAACGGAAGCACGGAGAUGUAGAAUAACGUGGGCGUGGCUAAAUCAGGAAGCACUUUCUUAUCGCCUGAAACGUUCAGAACGAAGACGCAUACCCUUCAUUACAGACAGGGUUAUAGGGUUCUUGAGGUCGCCCAGCGAAGGGGGUACCCAUUGGUUAACCCUUUAACUGGCAGCUCAGCUAUAUUGUCGACAUUGCAAAAAUGACUGCGAAAGUUAUACAAGGUCAAAUAUUAGAAUGUGCCUGUCAAGUUACAUUAAUUUGUGCCUGCUAAACAGUGGUAAUCGCAAAGAUGUCGACCGCAAGCAGCAGCAGAUGUUUUGGUGACAAAACUCGAAGACUUCGUCGGUAUCGUCUAAGCGGACGUGGUGGCCGUACUAUCGCUAAUGCGAAAUUUUUUUCCUUGAAGGAAGCUUUUUCCUUUUUUUGUCUCCUUUGAUGUGGAUCUCAAGAACUUACAUUUACAUUGCCAAAGCAAGUACCAAACACGAGUUUUGGACCAUACGUUGGCCUCUAAUCAGCUGGUCAACAAUAUUUUUGACACGGUUUAUGUCGCUUAGUCUUCAGAGAAACCCUUUCAUAUGUCAUUUGGUAUGUAUUUGAACAAUAUCAAAAAGAAAUAAAGCAAUAAAAACAUUCUA